AUGAAAGAAAAUCAUUUAAAAAUUGCAUCAGAAUUAAAUCAAAUUUUAUCGCGAGAAUUAGAACGAACAAGUACAAUAUAUGAAACAAUUGCAGAACGUCAACCAACAUUAAAUGAUACAUGUGCAAUUGUAUUAGCAUUUUUAACUUAUCUUGAUCCAUAUACAGAUGGAUUUCAACGUCCUAUGUUAGCUGUUCAUUGGAUUAAAUGUAUUCAAGAUAGAGGAAUGACUAUUGUUUUUGAUCAAAUAUCAAGUAUUAAAGAUCGAAUUAUAAAUUGGCAAUUAGAUCCUAUUAAAGAAAAUUUACUACAAGCAAAUGAAUGA